CUCCAUUUGAUCAGGAAUUCAUGACAACGUUCUUGAAGGAGCUAGACUUGAAAAAGAAACAGGAAGUUGGCAAUAUAAGACAUAUAGAACAAGCUGUUAAUGACCUUAAGGCACACGCCUCGGCUAGUAAAGCGUCUCUGGCAGGGAAGUUCACCGAACUCCGGUUACUACUUGAUGAAGAGGAAAGGUUGACAAAAAAAUUCAUAAAUGAAAAGACUCAACGGGCCCUCAUGAUGUAUGAUCAGCAGACGGAGUCAUGUCAAGAACGAAUUCAAAUCAUAGAGAGCUUCUCAGACCGAGUCAGGCAGAUCCAGCUGCGAAGUGAUCCCAUUCAGUUAUUACAGGACUACACAGCAUCAGAAAAAGAAAUACAGGAGCAGAGGGCUCCGGCGGAACAGUGGCACCCAGUGCCUAUGUCGUUUGAGCAUGUUAUGAACCAUUACAGGGGCUUCGCAGGAGCUAUUCAGUCCGUUCUGCAGAAAUCUUUAGAAGCUCGUCUGAAAGAAGACAUUUUCAGCAGCCUCAAUGCCACUUCAAAGAAGGAACCUGGCGCGUUGCUGAAAACAACAUCUACAGUUGAUCGAUCGUUAUUUUUAAAACAUGCGAGAUCUCCAACCUUGGAAUACGAGAGCCUUCAUCCCAGGUUGAGUUUGUCUGAGGAUCGUCUUACAGUAAGCUGCAGCUGGAGGAGGAAAUUUUACCCUUAUAGCCCCCAGAGAUUUGAUAAAUUAUGGCAAGUCUUGAGCAAAGAUGCUUUCUUCUCUGGGAGCCAUUACUGGGAAGUGGACGUGCUUCACGCUGGACAAGGAUGGUGGAUUGGAGCAGCGUACCCUUCCAUCAAGAGACAUGGAGACGCUGAAACUUGUCGAUUAGGGUGGAACAGAGCAUCCUGGUGUAUAAAAAGGUUUGACCUUGAAUAUUGGGCAUUUCACAAGGGAGAGAGGACCCUGAUCCUGAUCAAUGACGAUCCAGAACGAAUUGGUGUUUUCCUGGAUUACGAGGCUGGCAUCCUCUCGUUCUAUAAUGUAACGGAUGGUAUGGCCCACCUGCAUACGUUCCGCUGCAAGUUCACAGAGCCUCUUUACCCAGCACUUAGGCUGUGGGAAGGUGCAAUAACAAUCUGCAAACUGACUUAAGAAGUGAUGAGACAAAGACAUGCACUGGAGCCUGCUUUGCAAUUAUUUGUAUGUAAAACCACUUUAAAAGGAGUUAUAAAUUAAUUCUCACAGAUUACAGCAACCACGCUGUAAGGCUUUAAAGGCUUUAGCUACAUUUCUUACUCAAUACUGAUCACUAAAAUGUGAUUCUCAGUACCCAGUAUAGAUAAAUACUCAGGUCUUUGUCAAAUCAAAUACCCCAGAAGAUACUAUUAUAGAUGAGUGAUUUUUACAUGAUUGUAUUUUCCAAGUGCUCUUCUGCCAUUUAUGAAUGGCACUUCAGGUUAUGGCAUUGUAAGAAUCCUCCUCAGGGUGUCUAAAAGACUAAAGCAAUUUUACACUGUAUUUUUGUAGUGGAUUGUGGCUUACAAAAUAGAACACAGUCCUAUUUUAAUUACGUGAUAGCUGUCAUAGUUUAUGCAACUGAUUUUUGGAACAGGAGCUAGUAGUCCAUUUUAUUAAACUACUACCCUACCUCCAGCUGGCUGGAGAGAUUACCAUCUUGCAUAGGUAUUACUCCGAGCUUGGCUUAUGGAAGAUGCAACUUUUAGUUUAAUUUUGUUAUUUCAGUUUGAAUUUGGAGAACAGAUCCAGUAACCGAAAUAGCUCAUGGUAAAAAGCUUCAUCCACUUCCAAGACCAAUCAAAGGGUUGCUUUCACUGUUGCCUAAAACUAAUUUCAGAUUUUCCUGGAGUGAGGACUUUUAUAUCGACACUAAUUAGCUAGUGGUGUUUGGGGUCCAGUAAGUAGAGCUUGAAUUGAACUGAUUUAAGUAGUACAGCACACUGGUCAUUGAGGGAAGCCUGUCCUACUGUUUUACAGUGAAACUUUCUGUAGAUGCACUCCUUCUCCAGAAAUGCACACCGCAGCCGUUCUGAAGGUGGUGUGAGAGGAAGCACUGUGAUGCUGUACAGCCCCAUCACUCCCCAUUUGGAAGUCGGAGGCAUGUGGAAAAGGACCAUCUCCACAUUAGAUUCUAGCUGCAUUGUCACUUCCAUUGCAGAGCUUAUGGAGCUGGGAGAUACUACUUUAAUUUCUCUCUAGCUUUCUACUUUCAAAGGCACUCAAUUAGCGCUGCUAGUGUUUUACCACACUCACAUGCAAGCGGGUUGUUAUGACUGUUGCUCUCAAAGUUACUGUAUUCUUAAAGUUGGAUGUGCAUAAGAGUGGUGGUUUGUUCUUUUCCCAAAUCCAUAAUACUUAAAAUUCAGAAGGAUUUCUUAGAUUGUAUCCACAGAAGUCCUUUUUCUAGUGUAGAGCCACCUGUAGUGCUUUAACUACUGUAUUCGCUAACCUUGUGAGAGCACAGGCCUAGAACACGCCUUGGUUUCCAAUGCCAGAGGCACGCCUACAAUAAUGUUCUGUGCAUGGGAUAUUAAGAAAAUGCAAGGGCUAGGUCUCCUCUUUAAAAUGAAAUGGCAAAGUAGCAGCUUUUGUUUGACAAACUUGAUUUAUUUUUGUUUGUUUUCAAUAAAAAUGUUUCUUUCAACAAUCAUUUAGUAUCAUCUUCUAUUAAGGCAAGCAUGCUGCAUCAACUGAAGCUCACAAGCACGAUCCAUACAAUUUAAGCAAGAAGCUGAAUGAAACAACCUCUUCCUAUCUUAAAUGUAUAGCCAUACAGUCUCCUGGCACUGGAGUAGUACGUUUAAGAUCAACAUUAAGCAGCCCACAGCUCUGCUUAUAUUGUCAGGGUGUCCAAGAUACCUAAAGUCAUAAGAGGCAGAAAGUUCCAUCAACUUCACUGAUAAAAAUGACUUCUGCUAUCAGUUAGUUAACAUGAAUUCGAAUAAGGUAUUGCUCCAGUUAUUAAGGGAAUUGAAGAGCGCAUGACCGGCAGCCCACAGCUGCCAUUUCUUCUAGCCAGUAACCCUGCUUCCUUCAUGCAGGAGCGAAGCAGCAGGCAUUAGUCAGUGCACAAGUUGGCGAGGAGCACGGGCUGCCGCAACAGGAGGCUGCAGUUCUCACGGUAAAGCAGAUGAUGGGGAGGCAACAGACCAAGAGGCAGAAAGGUAGCAGGGAGACACAAAUGAGUUGUCACAGUGGAGCAGCAGUGCUGUAUGUCGCUGUAGGUAGGACUACAACAGGGUUUAAAAGAAAACUAGAUAAAUUCAUGGAGGUUAAGUCCAUUAAUGGCUAUUAGCCAGGACAGGUA